AUGCAAAGUUGUCUAGGUCCGGUUAUAAGCAAGCUCUUGCCAACGAAACGUAAGAGUAGAUCAAAGGUGAGGGGGAAGAGAUCUGCAGUAACAAUUAUGGUAAAAAUUGUCGUAUUAGGAGCCUGUGGUGUGGGGAAAACGAAUAUUAUUCGUCGAUAUGUUCACAACGAGUUUCUUGCAGACCACCAGCCGACUACAGAGGACGUCUAUGAGAAAUACUUUAGCUUUAAGCGAAAGAAUGAAUCUAUAUUAUUUAACAUUUACGACACGGCUGGAUCAGAUCAAUUUCCAGCCAUGAAAAGACUGGCUAUUAGCAACGGACAGGCGUUUGUGGUUUUAUACGCAAUUGACAAUAGGGCUUCGUUUGAAGAGGCGAAGAAAAUUUGUGCUGAAGUAUUUGAACUGAAGUCUGGAGAGGUAAAAUCAAUAAUGAUGGUCGGAAAUAAAUGUGACCUACCAAGUUCACAACAGACAGUAAGCACAGAAGAAGCAUCUUUAACGGCAAAACAGUUAAAAUGUAAAUUUACAGAAAGUUCUGCGAAACUUGGUAUAAAUGUUGAGAAAAUAUUUCGUGAGUCGCUGGCCGAAUUUUGA